AUGUCCUACUACGCCCUUCCAGCCAAGCAAGACACCAACUUUUGGGAUAUUGACUGCGACCACGAGGAUGAUGAGCCGCUUACACCGUACCACAAUAUGAGUGAGGAAGACUUGACUCUAGACGGCAAACAUGUUUCUCCACAGCAGGAAAGUACAUGUACACCGAAGAGAGUAAGACCAAGUCCGAAGUCGCGCGAUAGCCAAGACAUCGAACCAGCAGGCGAUGUUCUCCCUCCUCUGCAGCGUCACUACAAGUCAAUUCCUGCAUCAUUUUCCUCAGUCUAUAAGACUACUCCAGAGCCAGAUGAGACACCAAUAGUCUACUCCAAGCCCUCGAAGGGAAAUGGUUGUGUUGCUUCUAGUGAUGGAAACGACAAUACCCCGUUUGUCCUUCACCAUUCGAUCGUGCCUCGGAACCAGGAGCAAAUGGGCUGGGUCAACGAACACCCCUCAGAUGCGGAACACUUUCAACAAGCUGGUAUGAGGGCUCCUUAUCCAGUUGGUAGUCGUUAUGCCGCUUCUUCGUUCUUGCAACCACAGUCUAGAGCUCAGACUUAUCAUGGAUUUGAUUCUCAUGUACGCGGUCCGCAUCCUUUUCGGUGCCCGGACAAUAGUGCUACUGCGGAAUCCCGAACACCUCAGCAUAGAGAAUCGGCCCAACAGUCACAAUUCAAUCAGUGCCGCGGGGCCCCGUUCACGCAACCAAACCAAUCCUCAUACGACUCCAAAACUUUCAGGUCCAGCUACCAAGAAGUUGACUCAUCCCAGCUUCAGGGCGAUUCUUCCAGUGGAACACCUGCUGCUCAACUUGACCUUGACUAUUACGCUUCCAACUCCCGAAAGCCGCAAAGACACCCAUACGCUCAGGAUCAACAUUUCGAUAGUCUCCACUGCCCAGCACCUCUCAGGCUGUUCCCUCUCCCUCCCAAAUCUAUAUUUUACACGGCAUCUAACCAUGACUUGUUGGACAAAUCGAUGCCGGUCCCUCGAGAUCUAGGCAAACUCAAGAAGCCCACUCCUCACGAGCACUGA